UGUCCGCUGCCGCCAUAGUGCGGCGCUGGUCCCCUCGGAGGGUGCCAGCUACGGCCACUUCCUUGGGCUCCUCCCUCGCUUCUCGCUCUUCUGUCCUGGGAGCCCGGCGGGCCCGGGACUCCCGUCCGUGCCGGUGCGGGCGCCGGCAUGUGGCUGUGGGAGGACCAGGGGGGCCUCCUGGGCCCCUUCUCCUUCCUGCUGCUGCUGCUGCUGCUGGUGACGCGCAGCCCCUUCAAUGCCUGCCUCUUCACCGGCAGCCUCUACGUCCUGCUGCGCGUCUUCAGCUUUGAGCCGGUGCCCUCGCGCAGGGCCCUGCAGGUGCUCAAGCCCCGGGACCGCAUAUCCGCCAUCGCCCACCGCGGCGGCAGCCACGACGCGCCCGAGAAUACGCUGGCGGCCAUUCGGCAGGCAGCUAAGAAUGGAGCAACAGGUGUGGAGUUGGACAUUGAGUUUACUUCUGAUGGGAUCCCUGUCCUGAUGCAUGAUAACACAGUAGACAGGACGACUGAUGGAACUGGCCGAUUGUGUGAUUUGACAUUUGAGCAAAUUAGGAAGCUUAAUCCUGCGGCAAAUCACAGACUCAGGAAUGAUUUCCCUAAUGAAAAGAUCCCUACCCUGAGGGAAGCUGUUGCAGAGUGCCUAAAUUAUAACCUCACAAUCUUCUUUGAUGUCAAAGGCCAUGCAAAUAAGGCUACUAAUGCACUAAAGAAAAUAUAUAUGGAAUUUCCUCAACUGUACAAUAACAGUAUGGUUUGUUCUUUCUUGCCAGAUGUUAUUUACAAGAUGAGGCAAACAGAUCAGAAUGUAAUAACAGCUUUAACUCACAGACCAUGGAGUCUUAGCCAUACAGGAGAUGGGAAACCACGCUAUGAUGCUGUCUGGAAACAUUCUAUGUUUGUGAUAAUGGACAUUUUGCUUGAUUGGAGCCUGCAUAAUAUCUUGUGGUACCUGUGUGGAAUUUCAGCUUUCCUCAUACAAAAGGAUUUUGUAUCCCCGAACUACUUGAAGAAGUGGUCAGCUAAAGGAAUCCAGGUUGUUGGUUGGACUGUUAAUACCUUUGAUGAAAAGAGUUACUAUGAAUCCCAUCUUGGUUCCAGCUACAUCACCGACAGCAUGUUGGAAGACUGCGCACCUCAGUUCUAGACAUUUACGUUGGGGAAGAAACCCAGGUUUAGAAAAUGCCUGCUGGCCUCAUGUAGGGAUAUGAAAAUGCCCUUUGUGCUAGCCCAAGCCCAGGGGGAUUUGGUUGCUCACAUAAGCAAUAGUUGGUAAUUGCAUUUUUACUUGAACCAAAGCAAAGCCCAGUGUGGCCACAGCACUCCAUGGAAUUCCUGCGUUCAACACUGUUGCUCUUGAAAAUCUGGGUCUGAAAAAUGGCACAGCAGCUCCUGCCCCAUCCUGGUGGAGGCAUACACCAAGACCCAGUGAGGAUAGGCGUAGACCGAGUUGUACAAUUUGGGGAUGCAGAUUUAAAUGCAUGGGACAUGCACGAUCACUCAGAGCUGACAUUUUAAAACUGGCCACACUUAAGUAAUUCACUUAUUUCAGAUAUUUGUAUUCAGCUGUGUUAACAGAGUACUGUAGAUGUCAAACUUGUGACUAUACUAAUAAAAUCAUUAAAAGGGAGCACUAAAGGAAAACUGUGUGGCAGGCAUCAUAUACUAAGGCGUAAGGAAUUUGGGGAAGCCACUAUGUACCAUCCAGUGAGGCCUCAAUGUGCAGCAACCAAAAUGGUAGGGAAGUGUUGAAACCCAUCUGAGGAAUUUUUUACAGCAUCUUGCAAUAAGAGCUACAAACCACCAGGGGGCAGAGUUGCACUUUUCCAGGCUUUUUAGGAAGCUCGACAACAGAUGAUCGUAGACAAUUAGAACUGGAAGAAACUUCCAAGAACAUCUAGGUUUAUCCUUAUUUUACAAAUGAGAAAACUAAAACCUGUGGAAGGAAAGGAACUGGCUAAAAAUCACACAGCUGGGGAUGUAGCAGAGCCUGAUCUCUUGAUAACUAAGAUUUCUUGUUUACUGUUGGCCAGGAAAUGUACAAGGGGUUUAAUAUGCGUUAUUUUAUUCAGCCCUCACAAAAAUCUUAGAAAGGUGUUAUCAUUCUCUUUUUACUGAUGAGGAAACCAAGGCACUGCGGAGUUAAAGUCACUUACCCAGGGUCUCCGAGUCUGUGAUACAAUUGGUAUUCAAAUCCAGGUCAGUCUGACUCCAGAGCCAUUGCUCUAACUACUCACCAUGUCUGCCUUUCUCAUGUACAGCCCUUUGUCCCAACUCUGCUCUUUCCCAUGUGAACUUCAGUAGUUUUAUUGUGAACUUAAGUAGCAAUAUUUAAAAUGAAGUUGAAUUUUUAAAAAAUGGCACAGCUGUCUCUCUCCUCUAGUUCACCCCCUCCCACCUUUCAACCCCGUCUGUGACCUUUAUCAGAGGCCACAACUCAGCCAUGGCUUCCCUCCUGCAAUCCCUCUGAUCGGUCACCAGCCUCACACUUGCUGCAGCCAGGCAGUAUGAGUUUUGGGAGGUCCCCAGUCCACACAGCUAGGUGGAAGAAGCAAACUGAUUUUUGCUACAGUUAGUGUUGGCAGGGGCAUGAUACCUAGGACUUGGAAUGUUUUCAAUCAACAUUUGCAAAGAAUUUUCUGGUAUUUUAAAAUUAACAACAAAGAUUUAUUCCAUCAAUGCAACAAAUGUCUAAAUUGCAUGUACCUCCAUGGCAUGUUAUGACUCGAGUGACUGGAGGGAGGAAAAAGUGACCAAAGAAAACAUGUCUGUGGACUGAAUGCAACCUGGGGUAACUACUGAGGAUGCACAGCAACUGACAGGGAAGGCUUUCUCUUGGGGGCAAUGUGGAGUUAAUAAUAUCCCUUCCGUUGUGUCUCUUCGCUUCUAGAGAGCUAGGUGCUCUGUGUCUCAACUUCUGUCCCAAAUCCAUUUUGCCCUUGACUUAUCCAGGCCCAAUUAUGGAUUUAGGUUCUAGGCUAAGGUGGUCAGGGCCUCAAAGAGUGGAAAGUUUGGGUGAAGAAAGAAGGUGUUAAUAAGUACUAUUAAGCGUUUCCUUGGAAGGCUUAAUAGAACUUAGGAUUUGGGAUCAGAGAAAGCUAAGUCUGAAUUCCUGAUCAGCAAUUUACUAGCUAUAUGACCUUGGGCAACUUGCUUAAUUUAUCUAUAAAAUAGAGGUAGUAUUAGUACCACCUCAUGGGGUGACUGUGAUUAAAUGGAAGAGUGCAUGUAAAAUGCAUGUUAAUUAACAUUUACUGACUGACUACCAUGUACUAGACACUGUUGUAAAUGCUUUUCAUGUAUUUACUCUUUGCAACAACACUAUAAUGUAGGUACCACUAUAAUUCCAUUUUAUAGUAAAGGAAACCAAAACACAGGGAAGUUAAGUAACUUGCCUAAAGUCACAUAGUAGAGCUGGCUGUUUAGCUCAAUUGGUUAGAAUGCUGUGUUGUAACACCAAGGUUAAGGGUUCAGAUCCCCAUACCAGCCAGCCACAAAAAAAUAGUCACACAGCAGUGAUAGAAAAAAGAUUCAGACCCAGGUGAUCUGGUUCCAGAGCCCAUGCUUAACCCUUGUUUAUCAUCAUGUCUGGCCCAUAGCAAGGACUCAAUAAUGAGAAACAUCUUAAUUAUUUCCAACACCUAUUACAGUGCCAGUCACAUAGUAGAUGCUCAAUAAAUGUUUGUUGAAGGAAUUAAUUAUGGGAUAUCCAAGUGGAAACUUCCUUGAGGAAACAAGUUAGACCUAGAGUGAGAUGAAAAUUUAGGACUGUAGAUAAAUGAUUCAGGAUUCAGCAGCAUCGAGGGGCUAGCCAAAGUCAUGAUAGUAUUCUUUCUGAGAAUAUCAAUAUAGAUUAAAAUCACAUACUCUGCUUUCAUUGGACUGCCCCUCUGUGCCUCAGGAUGUCAGAGACAUAGAUGACAACAAAGGGCUACCUCAAAAGGCUUAAGGAAUCCACUGCUUCUUGAUUAUACAAUAUUCAUUUUUAUUUGGAGAUGGGUGUCUGCAAUCCUGUUUCAACAAGAAUCAAACCAAGAUGUAAGUAUUUUGUAAUUUUUUUUUUUUUUUGGUUGGUUGGUACAGAGAUGAACCCCAGACCUUGGCAUGAUCAGCACCACACUCUAACCAACUGAGCUAACUGGCCAGCCUGUAAGUAUUGUUAUUGAAUACAAAUUUCUCAAUAAAAUUACACCUACCAUUUCCUAAAGUAGGGAUAGGGCUUCAACAGGACAAUAAACCACAGCUUUGAGAACAAGGAAGGGUAUAGGUUAGUGAAGUGUCCAACUGAUACCAGUCAGCAGUCCCAGGUUCUUGGUCAAAUUGUGAAGAAAAGGACCAAGAGGAGCCCUCAUUGUGGGGAGCACCUACCAGUACAAUGAAAGGAAGAGGGACAGACAGUUGAAACAAACAAUAGGGCUUUAUUGCAAAGCAAAAGUACGCACGGGAGAGUGCAUGGGCAUCUUUGCAAGGGAAGAACACACCGUGGAUUCUUAAGGGGAGGGCUUAUCUGUUGUUCUGAGAUGGAAGUGUUCCUCUCUCCUAACUCACGGGAGGAAUAUUUGGCCAUGGAGGAGGAUCUAGGGUAAUUAAGCCCUAAUGGGCUGAUGCAAAGUUGUAUCAGCUUCCUGUCCUGAAUUCCUGAGUUUCUGAAGGUUUUGGUCAUGUGCUGUGGGGUCACUUUUCCCUUAACUUUGUCCUUGGUUUAGUCUGCACUUUUGUUCUUCCUAGUGUGCAGGUUUUGGUGGUUUUAAGUUUCUGUUCAAAAACUGCAAAGUUCUAGGUGUAGCAUGCUGAUUGGUAGCGUGGUUAAGCUGUUGUGAGCUCAUUAUGGGUUCAUUAACUGCAAAACGAGGUGGCUAAUGCCAAUCCAGACUGAAUAUUCAUGAGCAGCCUCCCUGGGGUGUGUGUCUGUUUUGUCCUGCCUCACAAUUACUUAGACCUGUGUUAGCAUGGAAUGAUGUUUACUGUAGGGUAAGCUUAUGUGAAUUCUAUGAUCAUAGAUACUGCAGAUUAAUGACCUCAUUUGUUCUAUUGCCAAACUUUAAAUUAUGCUCAAAAUCCAACAAUCAGAACAUCAAAUAUUAAGACGACGUUGUGUAUCACCCAGGCUCAGUGGUUCUCAAAAGAUGCUGUCUUUUCAGAUAUUAAUUCAACACCAACAUUAUGGGGAACUUGUUGAAAAUGCAAAUUCUCAAAUCCCACACCAGAACUAUCAAAUUAGAAACUCUGGUUGAGGCUCAGUGAUCUGUGUUUUAUUUUUAUUUAUUUAUUUAUUUAUUUUAAAAGAUGACCGGUAAGGGGAUCUUAACCUUUGACUUGGUGUUGUCAGCACCAUGCUCACCCAGUGAGCUAACCGGCCAUCACUACAUGGGAUCCGAACCAAUGGCCCUGGUGCUAUCAGCACCGCACUCUCCUGAGUGAGCCACGGGCCGGCCCGUGAUCUGUGUUUUAACAAGCCCUCCAUGUGGUUCUGAUGUACACUCAAGUCUGAGAACUGCUCAUGUAGAGAAACAGACCCAAAACGGGCUUCCAGGAUACCCAAAGUCCUCAAUUCUGUCACUAACUAGCUAUGAGACCUUAGACAAAUCACUUAACCUAUGAGUGCCUAAAUUUUCAUCAUCUGUCAAGUGGUAAUCAAAAUACGAGUAUUUGCCCUAAUUGUCUUACGCUGAUAAUGUGAUGAGGUUCAAAUGAGAAAAAAAAAAAAAGUGAUAAUGUUUUGAAAAACAUGUUAACAGUGUAAUAUUAUUGUUACGAAGAUAAAAUUUUAAAAUGUGGAAGUACUGUAAAACCAUACUACUCAGUGUGAUCCUCAGACCUUCAGCACUUGCUAGAAAUGCAGACUCUCAGGCCCCAUCUCUGACCUCAGGAAUUAAAAUCUGCAUUACAGCAAGAUUCCCAGUGAUUAGAGUUGGUGUGUCCUCCCACCAAAGUUCAUAUGCUGAAGUCCUAAUCCCCAGUACUUCAGAAUGUAACUGUAUUUGGAGAUAAGGUCUUUAAAGAGAUAAUCAAGUUAAAAUGAAGCCAUUAGGGUGGGUCCUAAUUCAGUCUGACUGGUGUCUUUAUAAGAAAGAAAAUUUGGACAGAAAGAGACACCUGAGAGGUUUGUAAACAGAGGAAAGGCCAUGUGAGGACACAGCAAGAAGGUGGCCACCUGCAAGCCAAGGAGAGAGGCGUCAGAAUGAAAUCAACCCUGCCAACACCUUGAUCUUGGACUUCCAGCCUCCACAAUCAAAAGAAAAUAAAUUUUUGUUGUUUAAGCCACCUAGUCUGGGGUAUUUUGUCAUGGCAGCCCUAGCAAAUGAAUACAUCUCUCAAGGCCAAGUGUUGAAAAAACAUCUUUCUCCCAUCCAAUGUGUACAUGAGACCUACAGACUAGAUCUUUCCACUGCGUUUACAUCUCCAGGAGAAGCAGGGCUGCACUGAAGUGGAGACAAAGGGUGGAGGUGAAUGGAGAUGUGUUCCAGAUAGAAGCACUUAGCCCAUGGUAAGCAGAAGUGAUGCUUCCAGAGCGAGUUUGCAUUGCAGUGUAGAAGCCAAAGCAGCACAAAUAGCAUUAAGAUGACCCAGAGGGAAAAAAAAUCACUUCAAACAUCAAUUCCACGAGCUACCUUUACCAAUCCCACAGACAUUUCUCCCUAAACCCCUGUGCUUCUCCUUCAGAACACCUAUCACAAUUACAACUAAUUAUUGUUUAAGUGUUAAGUUCAUGUCUAAAUUAAUCUGCUAGACAGGAAGCACCAAGACUUGUUCACCAUGUUGUUCAACCACCAUCUGGCCUAUUUGUUGAAUGAAUGAAUGAAUGAACACUACUAGCAACCACUACUAAAGAGGAUACAAAAAGAAAUUAAUUGUUGAUGAAGUGAAUUAAAGAAUAAAUACGUGAAUAAAAAAGUGAAUCAA